AUGAGAUACUCAAUUGCGCACUUUGCCUUGGCAGGCCUUGUCGGCAUCUCCAGCGCGAGUGAGCGCGAACCGCCCAACUUGAAUGACUUCAAUUGGACGACAAUCACGCCGUCCACGAAGCUGGAAUACCACCCAUGCUACGGGGAGUUUCAGUGCGCAAGGCUCACAGUACCUCUCGACUGGACCGAUGAGACGAAUGAGUACACCGUUGCGCUGGCCAUCGUGAAGCUCCCGGCCAAGGUUCCCGACGACGACCCAGCAUUCGGUGGCACCAUCUUCACAAACCCGGGCGGCCCCGGUGGUUCCGGUGUCGGCUUCAUGCUUAGGGAGGGACACAUUUUGCAAGACACCGCCGACGACAACAAAAAGUAUGAGAUUCUCAGCUGGGACCCACGAGGUGUUCAGUUCACCUCACCAAAGGCCGAUUGCUAUGAAGACCUCCUUGCCAGAGACACGGACAUGAUCCAGCGUCUGGCCAUCGGCCCUCUCGACGCCAGUCCCGAUGCGUUGAGACGGCAGUGGGCGCGGGUUCAAGGUUACGGGAAGCUUUGCACGCAGAAUGCCGUCAAUGGCUCCAUUAUUCCGUAUGCUUCGACAGCGUCCGUUGUCCGCGACAUGGUUGAGAUGUUGGACAAGAUCCAGGAGCUGCGAGAUGAGGAAACCGCCACAAAGCUCGCCUGGGAGGAGAGAGGACAGAAAUCCUUGGAGCUACGUGGUGCUAGAGAUGUGCCACGUAUUCAGUACUGGGGCUUCUCAUAUGGCAGUAUUUUGGGCAAUACCUUUGCGUCCAUGUACCCUGGCCGGGUUGGGCGACUCAUUGUCGACGGGAUUGCCGACGCCGAUGAUUAUAUGGCUGGUGGCUGGAAAACCAACCUUCAAGAUACAGAAAAGAUCGUCGAGUUCUUUUACACGACAUGCUUUACCUCUAAGGGAAAGUGCGCGCUUAGUCGGCCGUCAGAUGAAAAGUGGCAAGAUAUCCGGGAGCGGGUCGACCAAUUGAUCAAGCAGCUGGAUGAUUCACCGGUCUCAGUCCUCGAUGGCAAGCUCACCAAUAUCCUGACAGGGUAUGACGUCACUCUUUCCUUUAAAACUCCCCUUUACACGCCUUACAAGGAAUUCACGAAGCUGGCCGAGAAGAUCAACUCGGCCAUUGAGGGAAACUACACGGCCCUCUUGGAGGCUGCUAAAGCCGACAUCCCCAAGCUGGACCAGGUCUGCUCCCACCCCAAUGCAUCUGCCCCGCCCAGCUCGUUCGGCGACGGCGGCCAAGCUGUUCUCUGCAGCGACGGCGAAGACAGCACCAACCUCACCAUCGUCGACUACCAGGCUUAUGUGUCGCAGCUCGAGUCGCAGUCCCCUACGUUUGCUGGCUACUGGUCCCAGAUCCGCUUCGCGUGCACGGGCUGGCGUGUCCGUCCCAAGUGGCGCUUCACCGGACCGUUUGCGACGCCAGAGCCCGACCCAGCCGUGGUUGAGGGCAAGCCUGCGGCGCCGUUGCUUUUCAUGUCGUCGCGGCUCGACCCGGUAACACCGUUGCGAAACGCGUGGAAGGCGAGUGAGCGCCAUCCCGGGUCCGCAGUCGUGAUCCAGGAGUCGGUUGGACAUUGUGCUGUAGCAAUCGGUAGCCGUUGCACGACAAAAAUCAUUCGCGAAUAUUUCGAACAUGGAGUUGUACCGAAGAGCGGUACGGUGUGCCAAGCUGACUGCGAUGUCUGGGGCGGCGAUGCAUGCUUGCCGUCGAGUUUGGGCAUUAGGAUGGCGCCUCUAGCACCACCGCAUCAUAGACCUCAUCCAUCCAUGUUUUAA